CGUACACUGGGUUCGCUGUAUCGCCCGGGUGGACAGUAUAGUUACUUCAACAUUAAAUGGAAUAAAAUCCCACGGAUUCAUGUAAACAGAGAUGUCGCUUCAGCGUAAUUAAUUAAUUAUUCUUAAUUAAGACUCUAAGACCUCUGGAGCGCGUACCGACAGGCCUACUUUCGUUUUUUUUAUCAGCAAUAUCUCAGGGAGAGGAGGGACGUCGUCCUCAUCACAGCUCUGCAGGGAAGUUUGUCACUUUUCACCCUGUUGAACAAACAAUGAACUGAAGACGUCCACGCCACGACUUCACACAUCUCCGCAGCACACGCUCUUCACGCUCGCCUCCUCGUCAGUUAAAGGAGUCGACAGCGUUGCCUCACCACACCUGGGCAGAGAAAUGUGUGUGCGCGUGUAUCCUCGGAUGCAUGACUGUAUCUGAAUGUUUUUUGGGCUGUAAGUAAGCGGUAUUAGGCUGCACUUCCUCUCUCACCCUCCGAGAGGCGCUUCUCCACUUGACCGACUACGACAUUUGUCUCCACAACUGCAAAGCAUCAUGGGUAGGAAAAAGAUUCAGAUCCAACGGAUCACCGAUGAAAGGAACAAACAGGUGACAUUCACAAAGCGAAAGUUUGGCUUGAUGAAGAAAGCCUACGAGCUGAGCGUAUUGUGUGACUGCGAGAUCGCUCUGAUCAUCUUCAACCACGCGAACAAGCUGUUCCAGUACGCCAGUACUGACAUGGACAAGGUCUUGCUCAAAUACACAGAGUACAACGAGCCUCACGAGAGCCGGACCAAUGCAGACAUUAUUGAGACUUUGAGAAAGAAAGGCUUCAACGGUUGUGACAGUCCAGAGCCGGACGGUGAAGACUCUAUCGACCAAAGUCCCCUAAAUGAUGACAAGUACCGUAAGACCACAGAGGACCUGGAUGUUCUCUUCAAACGUUACGGACAGCAGUCUACGGCUCCGUCCCAGACGUUCUCCAUGCCAGUCACAGUCCAGGCGUCCAAUCAAAGCACACUGCAGUUCAGUAACCCUGGCAACGCACUGGUAACUACCUCCUAUGUAACCUCAUCAUCGCUCACGGAUACCCACCUCCUGUCGCCACAGCAACCGGCUCUCCAGAGAAAUACGGUGUCUCCUGGGUUGCCACAGCGACCAGCCAGUGCAGGUGCUCUUCUUGGAGGCGAGCUGAAUAAUUCAAAUGGAGGAUGCCCAAGUCCAGUCCCUAAUGGAUACACCAGUGCCAGGGCCUCCCCAGGCCUCCUCACUGUUUCCAACGGCAACAGUCUUGGGAAAGUAGUUCCGGCCAAGUCUCCACCCCCACCUCCGAGCCCCCAGAUGGUCAACAGCCGCAAGCCAGACCUCCGAGUCAUCACCUCACAGGGCGGGAAGAGCCUCAUGCAGAUGACAGAGGAUGAGCUGGAAUUGGUAAACGAGAACGCCCAGCGGCUGGCAGCAGGAGUCCAGGCGGCACAAAGCCUCAGCACACCGGUGGUCUCCGUGGCCACGCCGAGCCUCCAGGCACACGGGCUGCCGUUCUCCGCCAUGCCAACAGCGUACAACACAGAGUACCAGCUGACCCCUGCAGACAUCACUGCUUUACACGCUCUGGCGUCACCUGGCGGCUUGUUGCCAACCAGUGUGUCGACAUGGCAACAGCAGCAGGUUGUUUCCCAGCAACAACAGCAGCAGCAGCAGCAGCAACAGCAAGCACAGCAACAACAGCAGCAACAACUUAGUCUUGCAUCCCUCAGCAACUUGGUCAUGUGGGGCGUGGACAAACAGAGCAGCGAGCUGUCUAGCCAGGUGUCCAGUCUGGCUGCCAAUCUGAGUGUUGGCUCUCCGUCCAACCUGCUCUUGGGUAGAGAUGAGUGGUUGGGCCGGCCUGUGGCACAUAUACCUCAAGGCGCCAUGCUGACCGUCAACACAAACCCCAGCGUGAGCAUCAAGUCGGAGCCCGUCUCGCCCGGCCGGGAUCGCAGCACCCCUUGCCCUCCUCCAUCUUCCACCACGCCGUCCUCAACCUCAGGUGGAGCCAUCCUGACCGCUCCGCCACAGUAUCCGGGCUCCCUGCUGUGCCUGGAGCCGCCGACCGGCCGCUCGCCCGCAGACAGCAUCAGCAGCAACGCCAGCUCCUUCGAAGGCAGCGAUCGCGAUGACACCGGUACAGCUGGCGGCGGAGGUGCAGGUGGAGGCGGCGGCGGAGCUGGUGCCACAGGAAGCGUCGGCCCCGGCAGCCGCCCUGACUUCAGCCCCUCGGCCGAGCUCCUCAGGGCGUCGAACGAACCAGAGCAGGAGGGAGGAAACAUCAAGCGCAUGAGAUUGGACACCUGGGUCACAUAGAGUGGCGCGCCACACCUCUCUGCACCCACAGUGAAGUUUUGGUGUCACUUAAACACCCACAACACACACCCACACUCAUCCUUAAACCUCCACUGCCCGACCCCACUGCCAUGUGACACUAUCAUCACACGUCUGCCUCUGUCCGAAAUUAUACAACUCAGCUGCGUCACCCAGACUUAUGAGGCUUUGCCAAAAAAAACAUCAAAAUAUAUUUGUAAGAAUCCUUUGGGGAUCACGCUCUGAGUGAGGAGAGGAUGACUUAGUGCUCAGCUGGAUAAUAUGUCCCGUGUAGAUCCGUGAAUAAGGGGACAGUAGACUUUUAAAGCCUUUUUGCUUGAAUGGACUCCGUAUAGUAAUUUUUUUCUUUUGGUAGAAAUGAGGUGUUUUUUGCAAUAUGACAAAACCAUAAAAACAUUUAUCUUUCACAUGGUUUCACCUUCAUGUAUUCACAUAGACAUUGUUCACAGUGGCUUGUCGACAUUAUGGGACUUGUAUGACUCGCCACUUCCUGCUCUUUGACAUCCAAUGUCGCUUGAAUCGUGUGCUGUCCAUUCUUCCAUAAGUCACUCUUGGAUAGAACUUAAUCUGGACACGUUUGAGGACUGAGCAUCGAUCUGGCACUGAGCAAACAGACUCAAACAAGGUCUUCUAGGUGAAGAUACUUCACCACGAAUGCUUCUUUACGCUGCCACAUUUCCCAACCUCGUACACUCAGGCAGGCCCGAGCCCUCAGGUGGAGCCGAGCACCUUGCCAGAGUGCCAAUAUCACCCUCUUCUCAACAACAGAAAAAUGCCAAAUGCCUCUCGCACACCGUGCAGGGACACUGACGAAUCUUCACUGGCACUGUCACGGACACGAGAACUAAAAACUGUUGAUACUUUGAAUUCGCCGUCACUUUCUCCUCAGACGGGAUGCUCCUCCCGUCCUCUCGCCUCAUCUCCUCUGGAACUUGGAUGGAAAUUGUCGCACCAGAAAUCCAGCCAGCCACUCUGCUUAUUACCAGGAGUAGAUGCCAUCCAGUUAAAUGCAUAGUAUGAGUUUUUGCCUCUCUGGUGGCUUUUCUUUGGGUAGGGAAAGUAUUUGGGUCUUUCAGUCAAAGUGUUCUUUAUCUGUUGGUAUUUUAAAAACAAAAAAACAAAAAAAAACAGUUUUGAAGGUCCGUUAGUUGUCCAGAAGUAGGAAUUCUGACUUUGUAUAAAAAUCCCUCCUUAUACAAAAGCUUUGAUGUCCUCUUUAGCUCUCGCUAGCUCUCCUUAGCUCUUUGCCGUGUUUCAAAAAGUGAAAGGAAAAAGACAUUUUCUAUAUUUCUACCGCUUCAGUUAGCGACAAAGUGAAAUAGCUUUUCAGCUUCAACGACGUGUAUGUACAUAUGACUAUAUUUGCAUAGACUUUGCUAGGUAUCCCUAAAAACAAGCAAUGUGUUGAUUCUCAGUGGAUCUGUUUGCAUAUAUGAGUGUGAAUUUGAUAUGUUUCGAGCUACGGUGCAGGGCUUUCGCCAGACUAGGUAGUGCUGGUGGAUUGCACUUGUUUCAGUAAUACUAUUUUAUGCUAGUGUUGAUGGUGUGUGCACUUUCUGUCUCACUCACAGAGGCCUGCUUGGUUGUGGUGUCAUCAUAUUCUCCUACUGCACAUCUUUAAAAACCCACGCUCAAAGUCAAAUUGUCCAUAACCACCUGAACAUGAAACCAUUAGGACACUGCCAUUCACUUAGAGCGUAGUUAAGAGAUGAAACGCACUUCUUUGACUCAUAGUUUGAUUGACAGAAUCUUUUCCACAUUAAGAAGACACAGAUUAUGCCUUUUUUCACCUUGAAAUUAAGUCAAGAAAUUGGCUACCAAGUGCUGUGUUUGUAGUUUAAUUGUAUGUUUUCUAGUUUAGUUGGAACCAUUUUGUGUGUGUGUGUGUGUGUGUGUGUGUGUGUGUGUGUGUGUGUGUGUGUGUGUGUGUGUGUGUGUGUGUGUGUGUGUGUGUGUGUGUGUGUGUGGCCUACAAAUAGAGAGUUUCUUUUAUUUUCCUUGAGGCGAUGCUCACAGUGCAGACUGGCCUGUCAGCGGUUUGUUGACUGUUAAUUAUCUUCCUGAACAAUCCUACACUGAUUAAAUCAGUGUAGGUGAAGUGCAGGAAGUAGACGCGGCAGCUUUUAUGAAUUGAUGCCGUUUGGUGCGAUUAUUCACAGCCCACAGCAGAGAGUGUGUUUGUAACCGACACUGUGGGUUUGUGGCGAGUGUGCGGAAAAAAACAUCAUCGUGCUGUGUGACCUUUUCACGACAGUGUUGUUGAUGUUUUCCCUGAUCAGUUCAUUGUCCGUCCCUCAUUCGACAGCGUUGUGGGUCGCUUUUAACUCAUAGCUAAUAUCAGGUUAGUACUGUUUUCUUCUGUCAAUCAUCAAUUUACCAUCCAACACUUUCAAUGAACUCGUGUUGGAAAUAAAUUUGCCUCUUAAAACGUUAAAGAAGUAGCCUACUUCUACAUUUUGGGGAAACUCACUUAUUCGCUUUCUUGCUGAGAGUUAAAUGCUGCGUUCAGGUCAUAUUGAUUAGACCAUGACUACGAGCAACCUUCAUCUCAAAUUAUUAUUAGACUAUUUUUCAGAAAAUCCGCAAAAGACCGUUUGAAUUAAUGCACACCCAUUUAAUAUUAUGCAAAUAUUAUGAGUUGGGUGCACUGCUGCAAAUACAUAACACAGUAGUAAUCGGGGCUACUUUAAAUUGAGCGGGGGAAACCCUUUCGGAAUAAUGUAUGAACAUCCCCAAAUCGGAAUAAAGCAUAAAGUUCCCAAGACUUCCUUUUUACACUUGUUGUAUGUAUUAAACAAGCGAGAUUAAAGGUGUCAAUUAGUUAGAUUGUUGCUCGGAGGCUUGUGCUUGUUUGUUUUUUUAACCGCUAGACAGAGCCAUGCUAGCUGUUUCCAGUCUUUGUGCUAAGCUAAGCUAACCGGCUGUAGCUUCCACGUUACCGGACAGACACGAGCGUGGCGUCGAACUCUCUGCAAGAAAGCGAAUAAGCGUAUUUCCCAAAAUGUCGAACUUUCUUUUAAGGAUCAAACGUAUGAGCAGUACCAGCAUCCAGGCAGAGCUAAUAGGUCAUUUCCAUUUUUACAAAAACUAAUUUCAAUGGAAACUCUUUGUGUUUGUGGGCGCUGAUGGUUGACUGAAAUGUGACACCACACCGAUUUGGCUUCCUGCCUCAUGCAGGUUUGUUCAUGUACAAAAAGGUUCUCUGUCCAAUCUCGCAGCUUAGUCACAAGACAAUCUAUAUAUGAGAAAUGAAAACUUGCACCCCUGUUAUUUGUUGUGUACAAUGUUUUUUAGAAUCUCACUAUUUUUGAAUUAAUUUGUGCUGGUGACAGUUCCAUUGUCUAUUAUUAUGAUGAUGUUAUUAUGGAGCUUUUAUUUUAUUGCUAUUUUGUGUAGGAUAGUUUUUAUUUUCUCUUAUCAUAAACAUAUAGUACUGGUUUCCUUUUUUUUUUUUUAAACAACUUGCUGAAAAUUGCACGAUCAGUUAUUGUGGUAUUAGCAAAUGCAAUGAAGGAAAUGCCAGAUAAAUGCUGCAAUUUUAAUUAAGAUAUAGAAUAUAUUUAUAAAAACGGGAAACAACUGAAAUUAGUCAUUCAUGAAAUUUGAAAAAAAAUGUAAAUGCAUGGGAUACAGGUAACAACAAAACGUAUGUUACGUACUGUAAUGAUAAAGGACUUGCAUCACAAAUGAGUUUUUAAACAACUCAGAAUAAUGUAGCAUAUGAAAUACUAAAGAUGAAAUUUAUAGCUAAUAUAUUGUGUUGAGCUAGUCUGCUUUGGGUUUUUGUUGUAAAGAAAAUAUUUCUUUUUGUUUUUUGAGAAUGAUAUACAAUUUGUGUAUAUUUUCAUAUACAAAGUAUGCACUGAUAUGUUAUUGAAAUUCUAUACCGCUUUUACAAAAAGUGUUUGUUGUACCAAAGUAUCCAAGUCCCUUGAAACCUUACCCUUUUUGCGUAUGUUUUACCGUAUUUUAUAUAUUAAAUAGACAAACUGAGUGAAAUGAA